AUGCUAGAUCCAGCUACUGAAUUGGUGCCACCACCAUCUUCACCCACCAAUUCUUCCAUUUCCUCCUCUGAUCUUGACACCGAGUCUACCGGAUCGUUCUUCCAUGACAGAAGCACCACACUCGGCACUCUUAUGGGUGUCAGCUUCCCGGCGAUUACCUUCAGAGCCUCUGACAGCCACCCACAUUCCGCCAUCGUCACCGCCGUGGGUGCUCCCCGUAGGGCCGCCGAGGCCAAGAAGAAGAAGGCCAUCGUGGCAGCGGAACGGCGGCGGAAGUGGUGGUGGCUAUGCAGGGACGGCGACUCGAGGCCGGCUUCGCUCGGAGAGUUUCUCGAGGUGGAACGGCGGUGCGGCGACGGUGCGUUUUAUGGUACCGCGGCGGAACUCGAAGGAAUGGUGAUGGAAUCGCCAAGGAACCACGGCCGGGCUUUAUUUUCCGAUGGGAGGGUCCUUCCGCCGUCCGCCGUUGACGAUGGAACAUCCACGGCGGGGAGUCUUUGCAGUAGAUUCCCGAUUUUGCUCACCGGGAUCUGUAGCGGCGGCGCUGGAUAA